AUGUAUUUUAUUGUGCCUGAAUUGAGUCCUGAUCUGAAGUCCACAUAUGCUUCUCAUAAUGCAGUAGCUGAAUACAAGGAGGCCAAAGAUCUCGGAAUCGAGACAGUGCCAGUUCUUGUUGGACCUGUUUCUUACUUGUUGUUGUCAAAGCUUGCGAAGGGUGUGGAUAAAUCGUUUUCGCCUCUUUCUUUGUUGGAAAAGAUAAUUCCGGUCUAUAAGGAAGUUUUGGCUGAGUUUAAGGCAGCUGGUGCUACUUGGGUGCAGUUUGAUGAACCCACACUUGUACUAGACCUGGAAUCGCAUCAAUUAAGACCCACACUUGUACUAGCUGAUGUGCUAUUAAUCUAA